UAGAUGACAAAAAAAAAAAUUAAAAAAAAUACAGUCCUACUGUUCACGGGAUUUCAACCACUGGGAGUGGGAUCGAUGAUCGAUCAUGUUAAUAUGUGAUCACAAAGAAUCAAAAGUUUACUCUCAAACUCAUCAAUGAAGGAGGUAAUAGUCCUUGGCCGUCCAAUAAUUUUCCAAUUCUACGACCAACAGUUAUCACAAAAAUUCAAAGUCUACAAACCAUGGGAAUCAUCAUUGCCAUUGGAGCAAUUCAUUACUACAUAUGCUCAAUCUGUAGAAGCAAUGAUUUGUUCUCCUAUGCGUAUUGGCAGCCAGAUAUCUUCCUCAAUACUCAACCUCUUACCUUUACUACGCGUCAUUGUUACUCCUAGUACUGGCCUCGACCAUAUUGAUCUUGUCGAGUGUCGCCGCCGCGGUAUCUCCGUUGCUAGUGCUCCUACUGUUUUUUCUGAGGAUGUUGCUGAUUUUUCUGUUGGAUUGUUGAUUGAUGUGCUCAGGAAGAUUACUGCUGCGGACAGGUUUGUUAGGAAUGGGCUUUGGCCUCUUAGGGGGGACUUCCCCCUUGGUUCAAAGGUGGGAAGCAGGAAAGUCGGAAUAGUUGGACUGGGAAGCAUAGGUCUAAAAGUUGCACAAAGGCUUGAAGCAUUUGGCUGCAUUAUAUCAUACCAGUCGAGGAAGAAAAAGCCUGUUUCUUACCCUUUCUAUCCUGACAUUCAUGAACUAGCAACCAGAUGUGAUGUCCUUGUCAUUUGUUGUGCAUUGACAGACCAAACCCGCCACUUGAUCAACAAGGAGGUUCUACUGGCACUCGGAAAAGAAGGAAUAAUCAUUAAUAUUGCACGAGGACCCAUAAUCAACGAGAUGGAGUUGGUACAGUGUUUAAAGCAGGGAGAGAUUGCAGGUGCCGGGUUGGAUGUUUUCGAAAAUGAACCUAAUGUUCCGGAAGAGCUCCCUUCAUUGGAUAAUGUUGUGUUGACACGUCAUGUUGCUUAUUAUACCGAGGAUUCUUUUAAAACUAUAUAUGAACUCAUAUGCGGGAAUCUAGAAGCUUUCUUCUUGAACAAGCCUUUGCUUUCUCCAGUUUUGGAUGACUAAAAGACAGUAAUAUUUUCAGCCUUGAAACCAAUACGUAUUAUAUUAUGGUCAGCCUUGAUAUUUAUCAGCAUCUCAUUCUGGGUACUCUCUGCCAAAGUGAAAUGCAACUCUGCUUUUUCUCUCGUUCGUGGAAGCAAGUGGUGAUCGGAAUUGGAAAGCAUUUUCCAUUACAACUGCAAAACCACUGCGCUAUAACCGUAGAGGAGAAGCUAUCUGUUUCAUCCACUACAACUCUGCAGAAGGGAAGCCAUUUGAUUCACCUCCAUGUACACGCAAAUGAGUGAUGUAUCUUAAAUUGAUAAAGAUUGUUAUGUAUGUUUGCCAAUUUCUUUAUGUCAAAACAUGCAAUAUUUAACAAGUUCAGCCCCCAUAUUUGCCA